UGUGGGAGAAGGAAGAUGGCCAGAGCCUUGGGUCCACUGCACGCCUUCUGGUUUCUGGAAUGGGCCCUGCUGCUCUUGGGUCCUGGUGCUGGACCUCCAGCCUGGGCCUUGAACCUGGACCCAGUGCAGCUCACCGUCUAUACAGGCCCCAAUGGCAGCCACUUUGGGUUUUCACUGGACUUCUACAAGGAUAGCCAUGGAAGCGUGGCCAUCGUGGUGGGCGCCCCGCUGACCCUGGGCCGCGGCCAGGAGGAGACGGGCGGCGUGUUCCUGUGCCCCUGGAAGGCCGAGGGCAGCCAGUGCAGCCCACUGUCCUUCAACCUCAGCGACGAGAUCCGAAAAACGAACUCCCAACUUUUCCAAACCUUCAGGGCCCGGCAAGGCCUGGGGGCGUCGGUCGUCAGCUGGAAUGACAUCAUUGUGGCCUGCGCCCCCUGGCAGCAAUGGAACGUCCUGGAAAAGGCAGCGGAGGCCGAGAAGACGCCGGUCGGGGGCUGCUUCGUGGCUCAUCUGCCUAGCGGGAGGCGCGCGGAGUACUCGCCCUGUCGUGGCAACACCAUGAGCCACGUUUACGAAAAAAUGUAUCUUAGAGACUUACGCGCCUGCGAAGCGGGCUUCAGCUCCGUGAUCACCCAGGCAAGAGAGCUGGUGCUGGGGGCUCCGGGCGGCUAUUAUUACUUAGGUUUCCUGGUCCGGGCUCCAAUUGCCAGUAUCAUCUCGAGUUACAGCCCGGGCGUCCUCUUGUGGACCGUGCCCCAUCAGAACUUCACCUUCGACUACAGCAACCGAAAGUACUUCGACGGCUACCGAGGGUACUCGGUGGCCGUGGGCGAAUUCAACGGGGAUCCCAGCACAACAGAGUAUGUCCUCGGUGCCCCCACUUGGAGCUGGACCAUGGGAGCGGUGGAAAUUUUGGAUUCCCACUUCUACAGGCUGCACCGGCUGCAGGGAGAGCAGAUGGCUUCAUAUUUUGGGCACUCCGUGGCGGUCACUGACGUCAACGGGGAUGGGAGGCAUGACCUACUGGUGGGCGCUCCCCUGUUCAUGGCGAGCCAGGCAGACCGCAAGCUGGCCGAGGUGGGGCGCGUGUACUUGUUCCUGCAGCUGCAAGGCCCCCACCUGCUGGGCGCACCCAGCCUCCUGCUGACCGGCACGCAGCUCUACGGGCGGUUUGGCUCUGCGAUCGCACCCCUGGGCGACCUCAACAGGGAUGGCUACAAUGAUGUUGCGGUGGCCGCACCCUACGGGGGUCCGAGCGGUCAGGGCCAAGUGCUGGUGUACCUGGGGCAGAGCGAGGGGCUGAACCCACAUCCCUCCCAGGUUCUGGACAGCCCCUUCCCCGCGGGCUCUGGCUUUGGCUUCUGUCUGAGAGGUGCCACAGACAUCGAUGACAACGGAUACCCAGAUCUGCUGGUGGGAGCUUAUGGGGCCGACAAGGUGGUUGUGUACAGAGCCCAGCCGGUGGUUGUGGCUGAUGUCCAGCUGCUGGUGCAAGAUUCGCUGAACCCUGCCGUGAAGAACUGUGUCCUACACCAGACCAACACCCCCGUGAGCUGCUUCAACAUCCAGAUGUGUGUGUGGGUCACCGGGCACAACAUUCCCCAGAGGCUGUCCCUGCAGGCUGAGCUGCAGCUGGACCGCCAGAAGCCCCGCCAGGGCCGGCGAGUGCUGUUGCUGGGCUCUCAGCAGGCGAGCUCCACCCUGAGCAUGGACCUGGGCGGGAGGCAGAGCCGCCUCUGCCACAACACCACGGCCUUCCUUCGUGAUGAGGCGGACUUCCGGGACAAGCUGAGCCCCAUCGUGCUCAGCUUCAACGUGUCCUUGCAGCCCAAGGAGGCUGGCGUGGCCCCUGCCGUGGUCCUGCACGGAAACACCCAUGUGCAGGAGCAGACCCGCAUCAUCCUGGAGUGUGGGGAAGAUGACGUGUGCGUGCCCCAGCUUCACCUCACGGCCAGCCUGAAGGGCUCCCCUCUCCUGAUUGGGGCUGACAAUGUGCUGGAGCUGCAGAUGGUCGCGGCCAACGACGGGGAGGGGGCCUACGAGGCAGAGCUGGCAGUGCACCUGCCCCUGGGGGCCCACUACAUGCGGGCAGUGAGCACCAUGGAGGGCUUGGAGAGACUCAUCUGUAACCAGAGGAAGGAGAACGAGACCAAGGUGGUGCUGUGCGAGCUCGGUAACCCCAUGAAGCAGGUGCGGAUAGGAAUCACGAUGCUGGUGAGCGUGGGGAACCUGGAGGAUGCUGGCGAGUCUGUAUCCCUCCAGCUGCAGAUCAGGAGCAAGAACAGCCAGAACCCCAACAGCGAGGCUGUGCUGCUGGCGGUGCCGAUCCGCGCUGCUGCUCAAGUGGAGCUGCGAGGGAACUCCUUUCCAGCCUCGCUGCUGCUGGCAGAAGAAGGUGACCAGGAACAGUACAGCUUGGACCUCAAAGUGGAGCACACCUACGAGCUCCACAACAAUGGCCCGGGCACCGUGAGGGGUCUCCGCCUGACCGUCCACCUCCCGGGCCAGUCCGGGCCCUCGGACCUGCUCUACAUCCUGGGCAUAGAGCCGCAGGGGGGCCUCCAGUGCUCCCCGCAGCCUUCGCCCAACCCCCUCAAGCUGAACUGGAGGCUGCCCACUCCCAGCCCCUCUCCCGUGCACCCGGGGCACCGGCGCGAGCGCAGGCAUGCCGACCUGCCGGAGCCACAGCCUUCCUCGUCCGCGGGGCUUUGGGAUCCGGUCCUGAGCUGUGGCUCGGCGCCCUGCACCGUGGUGCGAUGUGAGCUGCAGGAGAUGGCGCGCGGGCAGCGGGCCAUGGUCACCGUGCUGGCCCUGCUGGGGCUGUCCAGCCUCCGCGAGAGGCCGCUGGAUCAGUUUGUGCUGCAGUCGCACGCUUGGUUCAAUGUCUCCUCUCUCCCCUACGCGGUGCCCGCGCUCAGCCUGCCCAGCGGGGAAGCUCUGGUGCAGACACAGCUGCUCCGUGUCUUGGAUGAGAAGCCUGUUCCAAUCUGGUGGGUGCUGGUUGGCGCCCUGGGCGGCCUCCUGCUGCUUACCCUCCUGGUCCUGGCCAUGUGGAAGGUGGGCUUCUUCAAGCGGAAUCGGCCGCCUCUGGAAGAAGAUGAAGAUGAGGAGUGACAGGGCAGCUGUGCUAACGUCCUCCUGCUGCUGCUGGCUCCGCCCCCCAUGGGCUGGAGCUGUUCGGGGGGAGGGGGGCUCCUGCUGCCCUGCCCCUCCCCAUGGAGCAGGGCCACCCCGUUUCCUGCUUCCUAAUAAAGAGACAGAGUCCCCAGAGAGCCACUUCUUCUUGACAUCUGGGAGGAGAA